AUGAGAACGUUUAAUUUGCUUUUUUCUCUCUUAGUUGCUGUGUUAUGCUCAAUUUCUGUACAAAAAUCAACUGCUGAAAAUAAAAAUGCAGAUGAUGAUGAUGUUGAAGAAUCGGCUGAAGUUCAUAGUCUUGAGAAGAUCAGCGACAACAAUUUCUUCUCCAAUUUCAGUGUUCCUCCUGAAAUUGUAGAAAAAGCAAUACUGAGACCUCAUCAGCAAGUCUAUCCAUACUUCAAAGAUUCGGAUGAACAAGAAAAGUAUGUAGCUUCACCUGCAGGUCGAACUGUACGGCUAAGUUGUAAAGCAGGCGGGUUUCCAGAGCCUAUGGUCAUUUGGCAUAAAAAUGAUGCCUUAAUCGUUCAAGAUUCUCCACGGGGUUCCGGUUCAGAAUAUCGAAUACGAAAAUGGAGUUUAGAACUUGAAGAUGCUUCGACUGAUGAUUCUGGAAAAUAUGUGUGUGAAAUAUGGAGUGAGAUAGGAACUGUCAAUCGAACGUUUCAUGUGAAAAUCAUUAGUCGUCUGAGGUCUCCUCCACUCAUCAUACCUAAUGUUCUGGUGAACCAGACAGUAAAUGUGAAUGCAACUGCCCGCUUCAAAUGUAAAGUCAUUUCGGAUUUAUCUCCACAUAUCGCUUGGGUUAGGGUAACCUAUCCAGACAUCCAUGAUUUGUAUGAUUUACAAUCAAAACCGCAUGAAAAGGUCAACUAUCAGGAUUUGGCUGAUUUUGAGAGAGCUACCAUAGUACAUGAUAGGGAUGAAUCAACUCUAACUUUAGAAAUGAUUUCCAUCCUAGAUCAAGGGAUAUAUGCUUGCAUAACGGGUAACACUCUUGGAAUGGCUAUGGCUAACGCCACUUUGAUUGUAAAUGACUUCAUGGAUUAUGAGAUUCCAACUGGAACUGUUGAAACGGAAAUGACAUUCUGGUGGAUGUUAUUCAUAGCUUUUGUGAUUGUGACCAUUUCUGUUUUGGUCGGGUUAUGUGUAGCCUAUGUUACCUGCAUCACAUAUUAUAAGAAGAAGCAUUUCCUUGAAAACGAAGCGUUGAUAGGUAAAAGAAAGAAGAUCAUCGUCACUCAUAAAACGCAUAACACAGCUGAUUUCAAGGAUCAACCAGCUUCUUAUCAAGUUCAAGUUGUUGAGCAAAAUCUUCCAAAGAAGAAAGGAGCCACUCGGUUCAGAUUGAGUUCAGAAGUCACAAUGCUUGAUGAAUAUGAAGUCGCAGUUGAUCAAAACUGGGAAAUAGAAAGAGAUAGGCUUCAACUGCAAGAGGUUAUUGGUUCAGGAGCGUUCGGUGAAGUCUGGAAAGCUACUUUGAAAAAUAAACUGGAUUGUGACAAUGAAGAUAAAGAGAUACCUGUGGCUGUGAAGAAAGUGAAGCCAAGUGCCACAGAGAAAGAUUUGGUUACAUUAGUUCAAGAAAUGGAGAUGUUUAAAGUCAUAGGGUGCCAUGAGAAUAUUUUACGAUUGAUUGGAUGUUGUUCCGGGAUUGGACCCCUUUAUGUUCUUUUAGAACUGUGCGAGUAUGGAAAUCUUAGGGACUUCCUACGUGCUCAUAGACCAAAGGAAGAAAAAGUGAAAACAGGAAACUAUACUGAUUAUCUCGAACCACGAAAAGCUUGCUACACCCAAAAGCCUGUGAUUGAAAACUUGACUCAACGCCAUCUUGUACAGUUUGCACAUCAAAUAGCUAAAGCCAUGGAAUUUAUGGCGGCUAGGAAGAUCGUACACAGAGAUUUAGCUGCGAGAAAUGUUCUGGUUGCUGCCAACUUUGUAAUGAAAGUAUCUGACUUUGGACUCUCGAAAGAUGUCAAAUACAAUGAUUACUAUAGGAAGAAAGGAAAGGAACGACUUCCUUUCAAAUGGAUGGCCAUUGAAACCCUGGACAAUCAGAUUUCAACUAUAGAAAGUGAUGUAUGGUCAUUUGGAAUAGUUAUGUGGGAAGUUAUGACUUUGGGAGGUACGCCAUAUCCGACGAUUGCCAUGGAGCAGCUUUUCACCUGCUUGAAAGCCGGAUAUAGAAUGGAAGCUCCUCACAAUUGUCCUGAAGAAAUAUACGUUCUGAUGGUCACUUGUUGGCAGGAGAAAAGAGACUUACGCCCGACAUUUACAAUGAUUGUCACGUAUUUGGAAUGGAUGCUUGAACAAGCUCCAGGUGAAGGUGAAGCUUUAGAAGACAAAAAUGCUCAGGAAAAUCCAUCAUAUGUUAACUUUAACGCUCCAGUUGCUGAAGAACUUACAGAGAACUGA